AUUGACUGAGCACACACACACACUUUCUCCGCUGAGGCCAGCACAGAGCCAGAGAGGAGGGACUGUUUGCAGCUCUGAGAGCCAGCUGUUGUUUGCACAGAGCUGGGUCUUUUCUCUGCCUGAUUCCCCCGUUCUCCACUAGCCUCAUCACUCCAUGGGACUCCAGACCUGGCCGCCAAGCAAACCACCACUGUCCUCUAUGGCCUGCCUUGAUGUGGAGACCCCUUCCAUCUGCAGGGGUAAAUUCAAAUCAGUCCUCCAGCUUUGUCUGCAGCAGAGAAGAACUCGGGCGCAGCUUGUGGAGCAAGGCAUCAUGCCACCUCUGAAAACACCUGCUGCCUUUCAUGAGCAGAUUCGCAACCUGGAGAGAGCCAGGGCUGGGAACUUCUUAAAGCACAAACUCUGCAGGAGACCUGAGCGCUCUGAGUUGGUCCGUAUUCAUAUCCUACAAGAGACGCAGGCUGAACCCUCCCUGCAGGCCACACAGAUGAAGUUGAAGAGGGCCAGACUGGCUGAUGAUCUCAAUGAGAAGAUCGCCCAGCGGCCUGGACCCAUGGAGCUGGUGGAGAAGAACAUCCUGCCUGUUGACUCUGCUGUCGAAGAGGUCAUCAAUGGUGGUAAAGCAAACUACUCUAAGCCAACAGAUAUUUACAACUUUGAUGAGGACAGCGGUGAUGCCUUAUCACCACAACAGCCUGCCAGCCAACAGUGUCCCAGCUCUACCUCCGCCUCUCCAACAGAGUCUGGAGGGACAGAGGCCACUUCUACUUCCUUUAACUUAAACUCUCCCAUACAGCACUCCCCACCACCUAACUCACAGUCCACAUCAGAUUCCGUCAACCUUGUCUCCACCAGUGAGCUACAAAGCAACAAACAAGCAUCUACACCUCAGCCAAUCACCACUGUUGUCCCCAGUAUCACACCGGGGCCAGUUCUUAUGAAGCAAAGCCUGCCCAAGCUCCCUGGCGAUAAAAGCCGCAGCAAAAAGAGCAAAGAGCCCAAACCACGGGUGAAAAAGUUAAAGUACCAUCAGUACAUCCCCCCGGACCAGAAGCAGGAGCUCAAUGAAGUGCCGAUGGACUCAGCUUAUGCCCGCCUCCUGCAGCAGCAGCAGGAGUUCCUGCAGCUCCAAAUCAUAAGGCAGCAACAGCAGCAGUACAACUACCAGGCCAUCCCACCUGCUACGCUCAACAGACUAACAAGUGACGUACAAACCAGCUGUUCCAGUGUUGUCCUGAGUGGAAACCCAGCAUCUAACCCUGUGCAGCCACGGUACACUCAGGUGAACCACAAGCCGGAUCAUUUACCAGCUAAUCUGGAUGAGAUGAAGGUUGCUGAGCUGAAAAUGGAACUAAAACUCAGAUCUUUGCCUGUUUCUGGGACUAAGACAGACCUGAUAGAGAGGCUAAAGUUGUAUCAAGAGAACUCUAACAUCCAGACUGCUGCUGCCGUUGAGACAACAGCCAUCACAGCAGCCUCACAGUCUGAAAAUCUAAAGUUAACCCCACCUGUGUCCCCUAUAGCCUCCAAGGUGUCCAGUCUGGGCAUAGAGGACAGUAGUAUGGCAGACAGCCCCACCAAGCUUUCAAAUGCUCUGUCUCCAACUCACACUGCUCCCUGUGUGAACUCCCCACAGAGAGCUCCACAGGAGGAGUGUCCCACAGAGACAAGGUCCCAUGAGAAGGACUCUGAGAAGGACAAACGUCUCCACGAGAAGGAGCGUCAGAUUGAGGAGCUGAUGAGGAAGCUAGAGCGGGAGCAGAGGUUGGUGGAGGAGCUGAAGAUGCAGCUGGAGGUGGAGAAGAGGAGUCAGCAGGGUGAUUCUCCACCUCAGCUCAGCCCUCUUGCUCCCAUCCAGGUCAAAGAGGAAAACAGGACCCUGUCAAAUUGCUCAACGUCCUGUAGUUCUCCUGAUCUGUCAGUGUUGGUCAAACAAGAGAAGGUGGCAGAUCAGAGCCAUUUAGCUCCUCAAAAUCAGUUCAUCAUCAAGCACCAGACUAUCAUGCAUCCUGAAACUGUUCAGCCUGUCCAGACUGGAGCUCAGAUCCUCCUGCCUGCAUCCCUUCCUGCCUCAGCAGUCACGAUCCAGCUCCCUGCCAACAGCAUUAAAUUACACACUACUGUUAGCAGCGCAGCCCCAGGCCUCAUCCAGACCUCUGGACAGGUGCCACAGAAAAUAGAAGCCUCAGCAGCAUUACAACAGCAAUGCAGUACUCAGACUCAGCCACUGACAAAGACUUGGAGGAUAGAUAGUACAGCACAAAGCUUACUCAACACAUUCCCAGCAAGUGGAUGUCCUGUGGGAGCCUCCUCUAGCCAAGCUGGUCCUAAAGGACCCACAAAUAAGCAGUCUCCCUGUACCAGCCAGCCAACUUUGAUCUUGCAGCAGCCAAAAUUCACAAACCAUGUGUCAAAGUGUAAAGACCCACCCUGCUAUGAGGAUGCAGUUAAACAGACAUGUUCAGCUGUUCAGGGUCCCACUGCAGCUAGCCAGCAGAUGGAUGACCUGUUUGAUGUGUUAAUUGAGAGUGGUGAGAUCUCACCCUUAAUCAGACAGGAUCCUCCCAGCCUGGACAAGCCUCUCCCUGUGACAGCCAGUGUAACCACCCUUCCCAUCAACACGGUUUUAUCCCGCCCUCCACCCGUGGUCCAAGUGGCCCAGCCACCUGCUGCACCACUCAACCCCUCGACCAGCUUGGGAGCCCUGACCUCUGACACCCAGCUGGAAACCCUCCUGGAUGGCACGCUGGGUGCUCACACUGAGCGACAAACACUGAAACUGAUGGAGGAGCUACACUCACCUAUGGUUACCAUGGAGGUGGACUUAAAGGAAAACACACCGUCCUCUGCUUUGAACCUGCACAGUACCAACAUGGACAAUAUGGAUUGGCUGGACCUUACCUUGUCUGUGCCAGCAGAGGGGGUCAACCCUUUGGACAUAUCAACGCCGGUGGGCGUCUUCUCUACUGAUUUCCUGGACUCAAAUGAACUGCACUUGAACUGGGAAUGAGUGCUGUCAAGGUGAAUUCUUACAGCUAUCAGGCCGUUUCAGAUAAACUUACUUUUUUAUGCAAGGGAGGAUGGCUUUUGUUUCCUGUGUGGAAAAAUACAAGCUAUUGGAAGUUGAGGCAGCUCUGUUCUGCUUUCUGACCAUAUAAAUCAGCUCAGUAAUAAUCUAAUUGUGCAGCAUCAGUUUAGUAAUUGCUGCAUUGCUUCCUUUGAAGUCUUUAAACCCUCUGAUUGUAUGGGGAGACUGACAUAAAGUAGGACUGCUACAGGCAGAUUGAGCUGAUAGCGGAAGUAGCUUUUAAAUUUUUAUCUUAAGUUAUGCCACUUAUUUGUUAUCAAUCUGUUCUCAUGUUAUUGGCUUCUCUUUGUCCUCUGAUCUUAAUGAAUGUACAGUGUUAUAUUGAUCGUGAUAAUAGAGGAAAGAACUAAUGGACAAACACUGCAUGUAGCUGGGGGCUUUUAUGUAGUUCACUCCACCCUGUCUUGGAAUGAUUAUCACUGUCAAAACAGAUUGUAAACACACAACUGCUAAAUGUUAAUUGUGUGUACGUAAAUUGUGAAGUAUAAAUCUGAUGCUGAUUCAGAUGUUGAUAACUGAAUUGGGAGUGUGAAUAUGAUAACACUAGAGUGCAUGAAUGAGGCCACUGAGUGUCAGUGGGCCACAACAAGUGGCCCAGCAGCACUGACCAACCAAGGAGUUACUACAAAAUACUCUGUCAGCAUUGUUUCAUUUCUCAACCAGUUCUGACAAGAUUUCUAGCAGUGUGACACUCCUGCAUCUCCAGUGUGUAAAGUGUAUCUGUACACUGUGUAAAACAUACUGCACAAGUUUUUGAACAAUAGUCCUGUGAGCAGAAAAAGGAGAAUCCUCACUUACAGUUAUGGCCAACUAGUCACACGGGUCAUCUGCUGUGACUGUAUCCAAAUAAAUAAUAAUAAUAAAUUGUUCUUGGAACAUCA